CGGUGGGUCAGAAUGUACCUUGUACAAUUACAUCAAACGAACGUGACAUGAGGUAGAGAAACUAGGAUCACAUAACGGAUAUUAAUAUAAACAUCUACAAAUAAAAUUUUCGAAUGAAAAGAAUUAAGAUGGCUGAUUUCGGUAUAACACACAUAUUUAUUGCAGCGAUGUCAGUUUACAUAAUCUUUUAUAUGCACUCUACGUCAGAAUUGCUUGUAGUGAAUACAGUGAACAGUUCAUACGACUACAUUAUUGUUGGGGCUGGUACAGCUGGAUCCGUGAUUGCAGCAAGAAUGUCCGAAGAUCCAAAUGUCAGUGUACUUCUAAUUGAAGCCGGGGGCGAAGAAACAGAAAAUUUAACAUACUAUAAUACUCCACUUUUCGCACAAUUUUUACAGAAUUCCAAGUCUGACUGGGCUUAUUAUACAACACCACAAACCAACUCUGGAAUGUCUAGCUUUCGUGGCAACAACAUACAUUAUUGGCCGCGUGGAAAAGUUCUAGGAGGAACAAGCAUGUACAACCAUAUGCAGUAUGUUAGAGGAAGCAAAUAUGACUAUGAUGAAUGGGCAGAAAAUGGCUGCGAAGGAUGGAGUUAUGACGAGGUCCUACCGUACUUUUUGAAAUCUGAAGACUUUUUAGGGCAAGAACUGAAGACCUCGAAAUACCAUAAUGUAGGCGGACCUAUGGGUGUGACUUUUGACACCGUGUUUGCAGUUUUUAGCCAAAGGUUUGUAAAUGCAGGUAUAGAAUUGGGUUAUAAUGAAACAAAGGAUUUUAAUGGUGAGAAUCAACUUGGUUUUGGAAUAAGUCAGGUAACCGUUAGAAAUGGAAUAAGAGCAAGUACGGCGAGGGAAUUCUUGCGCCCAGCUAUGAGACGAAAUAACUUACAUGUUGUCGUAAACGCCCAUGUUACUAAAAUAAACACCGAACGAAAAUCCGCUACAGGUGUCACAUUCAUAAAACAAGGGAAAAAGAUAAUCGUACGGGCAAGAAAGGAAGUAAUUCUAUCGGCUGGGGCAAUUGGUUCACCUCAAAUUCUUAUGCUGUCAGGAAUAGGACCUAGAGCUCAUCUUGAAGAAAUGAACAUAAGCAUAGUCAAAGAUCUUCCUGUUGGUAAAAACCUGCAAGACCAUCUCGUCGUGUUAUAUCCGUCGGAUGUCACUAAACCAGAAGAAAUAUUAAGUAAGUCCCAAGCAGAAGGAUGGCUAUCAAACGUAGAAUAUUCAUUGUUUAAUUCUGGUGUUUUAUCGUCUACAGGAGCUGUUGGAACUGCGUUUGUAAAGACGGACGGACAGAUGGAACUAUAUCCUGAUAUUCAAUUUCAUGCUGGGGUCACGCAACCUAAUUUAGAUACUUUAAAAUUGAACCAGACAUUUCUUGGUAAUGUGUAUAAUAAAGGGUUUACAGAAGGCUUAGUCUUGUUUCCAAUGUUGCUACAUCCCAAAAGCCGAGGUGAAAUUACACUGAAGAGCUCCGAUCCAUUUGAUUAUCCGGAAAUUAAUCCCAAUUACUUAGACCAUCCUCAGGACAUAGAGGUGCUAAGGAAAGCUCUAAAGAUAUCUGAAAACUUACUCGACACAGAAAGUUUUAAACAAAUUGGAACGAAUUCGAACAUAUUUAAGAAUGCCGACUUCUGUUCAAUGCAUGAAUACAGGUCAGAAAGUUUUUAUGAGUGUUUAAUCAGGGCUUUAGCUCAUACUGUUUAUCACCCAACAUCAACAUGUAAAAUGGGACCUGAUACUGAUCCUGAAGCUGUCGUUGACCCGACAUUAAAAGUUAAAGGAAUAAAAGGACUUCGCGUUGUAGAUGCCUCGAUUAUGCCAAAUAUUGUCUCUGGAAAUACAAACGCGCCAGUAAUCAUGAUCGCAGAGAAAGCUGCUGAUAUUAUUCGCGCUACAUAACAUCCUUAUUAAUAUAUAUAUUAAGUAAUAACCACUUUGUACAUACGUGAAGAGUUCAGAUCUUUGUGAACAACUUUAACUGCUUUUUUGUUACUAUGUGACAGUUAUUGAAUUUUAAGAUGAUUUGAAGAUUUUAUAAAACAGUUUCUACUUUUUAUCAACAACUCCUUAUAAAAAACUGAAUAUCU